AUGGUGGCAGACUUAUUCAAUUCGUUAGUUGAAGAUCUCACUCAACAGUUGUCAUCGUGUGAUGAAGGGGCUCAUCAGAAAACAAAAGAGAGUCAGGAGCUGGUAUCGUUUGCGUUUUUUAAUUAUUUUUUUCAUUGUUACAGACCUACCCCAGACAAAAAAGUUCGUCAAAGCGUGAACAAAAAGGUGGUCAACUCACCACAACCGCAGCCAUCACCGCAACCGCAGUCGCAACCGCCACCGCCACCGCAAGCGGCCAAUUCGCCUGUCAAGCAGAGCAGGGUGCGGUCAAGCAGCGUGUCUUCGCCCACGUCCACUCCUCCUACGCAGCCCACAAGGAAGAGGACUUCUUCUGGAGUAUUCCAGGUCGAUGAUGCAGAACCACCCCCGAAGAAGGCCGAAAUAAUGAGGUCUAACUCAGACGGUUCUCAAAAGAAACCGGAAGUGAGGCCAAACUCGGACGGUUCUCAAAAGAAAUCGGAAGCGGUCUCCAACGGUCGCCGGAAGACGGACCUCGCCGACGGAGACAAGGAUAGGCAUAAAGAGAAAGUGAAACAGAAAGAGACAAAAAAACCCAUAGAGCAAUUCGACAUUACAGCGAAAACCAAAACAGUGUCUGCUUUCAAAGAGAGCGACAGUUGGGAUUAAGCGUAGAAUAAAUGAAUGUUGACAUCA